AGAUGCUGGCGUCAAGGGAGGCGGGACUUCUGCUCUACACAGCAUGACGCCGCAUCACUAAGAGCCAAUCAGGUGAGCUCAUCUUGCACGGUCGUCGUUUUCCGUUUUUGAACCUCGCACAUGCGCAUUUCAUUUUGAACAUGGCGGCCGUACAAGGUGGUCUGGUCGACGCGGUUGAAAAGAAAGACAUAAAAACAGAACCAUCGGAAGAUAGCGGUGGAAAUAACAAUGCGAACGACGGCAGAAUCCUCUCUCCGCCCCCCGGCUCCAGCGCUUCGGCCCCUGGAGGUAACAAAACCCCGGCCGGAGCCCCGGAGGACCAGCAGACGCUGUUGGCGGUCCUGCAAUUCCUCAAAAAGAACAAUCUGGCCGAGUCCGUCGAAAUUUUGCGCCGUGAAGCGGGAUUACCGGAAGAUGCGUUGGACCUGAAGGCAGGUGACUCCUCGGGGGCCGGUUCGGGUGGUGCCGGGGACACCGUGGACCUGGAAGGAGAAGAUGCGAGCUCUCUGCUGAGCCGGGUGACCGUCUCAUCCUCCGCUGCAGCUCAGGCGCCAACCAAAGUAGCUCCCAGUGAGGAUCAGCCGGAUGUCAACGUGGUGCUGUCAGCUUACAGCCAGCAGGGAGACCCGGCGCUGUACGGGGUUUACUACAGUGGCCUGAAGAGGUUCAUAGAAUCGGUUUUGGACUGUCACCGGGCAGAACUGUCCCAGGUCUUCUACCCACUGUUUGUGCACAUGUAUCUGGAGCUGGUCUACAACAAUCACGAAAAUGAGGCCAAGGUGUUCUUUGAAAAGUUCAGCGGGGAUCAAGAGUGCUACUACGAAGACGACUUGCGUGUUUUGUCUAGCCUGACCAAGAAGGAGCACAUGAGAGGCAACGAGACCCUGCUGGACUUCCGCACCAGCAAAUUUGUGCUGCGAAUCUCCCGCGACUCUUACCAGCUGCUCAAGAGGCACCUGCAGGAGCGUCAGAACAACCAGAUCUGGAACAUCAUCCAGGAGCACCUCUACAUCGACAUCUUCGAUGGCAUGCCACGCAGCAAGAGCCAGAUCGACGCCAUGUCUGGCAGCUUGGCUGGAGAGGCUAAGCGGGAGGCUAAUAAGGCUAAGGUUUACUACGGCCUGCUGAAGGAACCAGAGAUUGAGCUGCCUCUGGAUGAUGAGGAUGAGGAGGCGGAGAACGAGGAGGGUAAACCCAAGAAGAAGAAACCCAAGAAGGACAGCAUGGGCUCCAAGAGCAAGAAGCAGGAUCCUAAUGCCCCCUCACAGACUAGGAUACCUCUACCAGAACUGAAGGAUUCAGACAAGCUGGACAAGAUCAUGUACAUGAAGGAGGCCACCAAGAGGAUCCGCCUGGGACCAGAUAACCUCCCCUCCAUCUGCUUCUACUCUUUUCUUAACGCUUACCAGGGUCUGACAGCAGUGGACUUCACAGACGACUCUAGCCUGAUUGCAGGAGGCUUCGCAGACUCUACAGUGCGGGUGUGGAGCGUCACGCCAAAGAAGCUGCGCAAGGUCAAGUCCGCGGCAGACUUGAAUCUGAUUGACAAAGAGUCCGACGAUGUGCUGGAGAGGAUCAUGGAUGAGAAGACGGCCAGUGAGUCAAAGAUCCUCUACGGACACAGUGGCCCAGUGUACGGCAUCAGCUUCAGUCCAGACAGAAACUACUUGUUGUCGUGUUCUGAAGAUGGUACUAUCAGGCUGUGGAGUCUCCAAACAUUUACUUGUCUGGUGGGCUACAAAGGCCACAACUACCCUGUGUGGGACACCCAGUUUUCCCCUCAUGGUUAUUAUUUUAUCUCUGGGGGACAUGACAGAGUCGCCCGUCUGUGGGCAACAGACCACUACCAGCCCCUGCGGAUGUUUUCUGGUCACCUCGCUGAUAUCACUGCCACACGUUUCCACCCCAACUCCAAUUAUGUCGUCACAGGGUCGUCCGAUCGCACCAUCCGGCUCUGGGAUGUCCUGACCGGAAACUGCGUCCGCAUCUUCACCGGUCACAAGGGUCCUAUCCAUGCACUAGCCUUCUCUCCCAAUGGGAAGUUCUUGGCUUCAGGAGCCACUGAUGGCAGAGUUCUCCUGUGGGACAUUGGUCACGGACUCAUGAUCGGAGAGCUUAAAGGCCACACAGACACCAUCUACUCCCUCAAGUUCAGCAGAGACGGAGAGAUCCUCGCAUCCGGCUCCAUGGACAACACAGUUCGUCUGUGGGAUGCUAUGAAAGCGUUUGAUGAUUUAGAGACGGAUGAUUUCACAGCAGCUACAGGACACAUCCAUCUACAGGAUAACUCCCAGGAGCUGCUGCUGGGGACCUACAUGUCUAAAUCCACACCUGUUAUACACCUUCACUUCACCCGCAGGAACCUGCUGCUAGCCGCUGGGGCCUACAAUCCAUGAGGCACGAUUGAAUUUUGAGAAAAUAAUCUAAUGAAACUUGAAAUGAUGUAAACAUCUGGUUCCCGAGCUCUGCAAGUAACCGAAGAGGUUUUGGAUGCGGAGGGAAUAAAACAAAACUGUUAACAUAUCACCACUGGUGAUCUAGCUGUGAAUGAAGCUGAAUUUUAGAUUAGGUUAUUUGUGUUGCGGCCCACUGACUGACUGUUUCAGGCUCCAAAUCAAGCUCAUCCAUUGCAGAAUUCCCCUCGCCUGAGGAAAGUGCCAUUGCUGAUUGAGGACUAUUUUUUUUAAAUCACUGCCAUGAGUACAGCUUUGCUCAACAUGUGGCUGACAUUUCUGUAUCAUAAUCUUUUAUAAUGGCUUACAUUGUAAAUAAAACAAGCGUUUUCUAUA